AUGACCGCAAAUUCGUCGGGAUCACGAGAGCUGCAAAAUUUAAACUUUCUAGAGAGGCAUUCUCGAAGAGGGCUUACUUCAAACUAUAUUGUUCAGCUGCUUGAUGCCUUCACUCACAAAGGCCCCAACGGGGUCCACCAAUGUCUUGUAUUUGAAUUACUUGGUCCUUCAGUUGAUAAGGUCCUCUCGGACUACCAUGGGAGUCACGAUAAGCUCCACCCGGAAACCGUGCUCCGAAUUUCUACGCAGCUUUUAAACGCUGUCAAAUUCAUUCAUAGUGCCGGCAUGUGCCAUGGAGACAUUAGUGGUCGGAAUAUUGCAUUCAGUUGCACUCGUCUGUUCAAACAAACUGAAGAGCAGCUCUUUGAUGUUCUUGGAUUCCCGGAAAUUGAGCCGCUGAAACGGAUUGAUGGCACGCCUCUAGGGAAUGAAUUACCGGCUCAACUGAUAAAGGCAGCAGAAUGGACCGAGUGGAUAGACGAGGACGACGAAGAUAUUCGGCUGCUUGAUUUUGGAGAGAGUUUCUAUCAAGGACAGGAACCUCCGAAGCUGGCCCAGCCGGCUUCAUUGAAGGUACCAGAGACGAUUUUCACAGACUGCUUUGAUUAUCGCGUCGACUUAUGGCGCACAGGUUGCAUGAUUUAUUCCUUCUUAUUCACGACCUGGCCAUUCUGGUAUCUUGGCGAGGACGAAGUUUUGAUUUUCCAAAUGAUUGGCUUUGUGGAGGGGUUGCCAGCUAAAUGGGAGUCUAAGUGGGAAUCAAUGAUGAUGAGGUCUAACCAUAAUCUGGAACUAGAAGAAGAUUACGGAACCUCAAAGCUUGAACGGAAGUUUGCUGGCUUGGUACCAAAUCCAACACUUAAACCUCUACUUCAUGUGAUCCAAGGAUUGAUGCGAUUUUUACCGUCUAGUCGCCUUACCGCAGAAGAGGCACUUGAUUUGCUGGGUAACGUUUAA